ACAAAAACAAAGUAACCAAAAAGAGACCAACAAAGCACGAAGGAAAAGGAAAGUUUUGUUGAAUGUAAAAAGGAUGGUUACAUUGCCCCGCACAAAGGUUUGUGGCAGAAAAACACUACUAAGUGAAAGAGAUUUGACAUUGAGGCAGAGAGAGACAGAAAUGGAAAUCCAAAGCCUUUGGACUUUUCUUUCACCGCCCACCACCACAAGAGAAAGAAAGAAACAAGGAAAGUAACUGAUUGAUCCCAGCAUGAUAGAAUUACAAACCACAAUUGUAUUGUAUCACACAUCAAAGAGAAUUUAGAGUUAGUUUCAGAUAUAAAAUAGGAAGCAACAACAGCAACAGCAGCAGCUAUAGACCCUAGGGAAAUGAUACAGGAAGAUCAAGGACAGUGUUCUUCUCAAGCGAUCAAUAACUACCACCAAGCCUAUCAAGAGCAGCUUCUCCUUCAGCAACAGAUGCAACAACAACAACAAAACAAUGAUAUCUUUGGUGGAGGAGGAGGAUUGAACAUGUACCCUGGUGCUGAAGUUUCUCCAAUCAUGAAUCAUCAUCAUCAACCAUGGUCUAUGACUAUGCCACAUCAUCAUCACCAUCAUCAGGUUCAUGACCCUUUUCUUGUCCCUCCCCAACCUUCACCCUAUGCAAGCUUGUUCAACAGAAGAGGUCCUUCUCUUCAUCAGUUUGCAUAUGAUCAUCAUGGUUCAUCUUCUGACCAUCUUAGGAUCAUAUCUGAAUCCCUUGUUGGACCGGUGGUUCAACCCGGUUCAGCAGUACCCUUUGGCCUCCAAACCGAGUUGGCUAAGAUGACUGCUCAAGAAAUCAUGGAGGCUAAGGCCCUUGCAGCUUCGAAGAGUCACAGUGAAGCUGAAAGGAGACGCAGGGAGAGAAUCAAUAACCAUCUUGCUAAGCUCCGCAGCUUGUUGCCUAGCACAACCAAAACAGAUAAAGCAUCAUUGCUAGCAGAAGUGAUUCAACAUGUAAAGGAGCUGAAGCGUCAAACCUCGGUGAUAGCAGAAACGAGUCCGGUUCCGACCGAAGCUGAUGAGUUAACAGUGGUAGACGAAGCCGAUGAAGAUGGAAACUCUGUGAUCAAAGCCUCAUUGUGCUGCGAAGAUAGGUCAGAUCUGUUCCCUGAACUAAUCAAGACAUUGAAAGCGUUGAGGCUAAGAACCCUUAAGGCUGAGAUAACAACGCUUGGUGGGCGCGUCAAGAACGUGUUGUUCAUCACUGGAGAAGAAGCAGAUUCAAGCAGUGGCAGCACUGAGGACCAUAGCCACCACCACCACCAACAACAACAACAACAGUACUGCAUUAACUCAAUACAAGAAGCUCUUAAGGCUGUGAUGGAGAAGAGCGUUGGGGAUCAUCAUGAGUCUGCUUCUGCCAAUAUUAAGAGGCAAAGGACCAAUAUAAUAUCAAUGUCCUAGGAGGAACGGAUCGAGGUCUUUAUGAAUUUUAUUUAAUUAAAGGCCUAUAUAUGCAUGAUCAUUAUUAUCUUCUAAUUAUUAGUUGUUAUAGAAGUAUAUCUAUAUAUUUUGAUUUUGAUUUGCAUAUUUUUUGGGGGGUAUGGUUUGUUUUUUACUCUUUUUUUUCGUGUUAAUGGUGUGUGCUGGAAAUUAAAUGUUGUUACUCUAUAUACAUAUGUAUCUUCUCCAUCAACAUCAUCAUCGUUAAGAAAUGAGGAAAUGAUAGUUUGGUGGGUUUUUUGGUAACAUGUGUGCCUUGUUUGUUGCUUGA